GGCCCAGAAGUGCCACCUGUCAGUGUCCAUGAGUGCCAGCUGUCAGUGCUGAACAGUGCCACGUGCCAUGUCACCCAUCAGUGCCAAUCAGUGCCACCUAUCAAUGCCAAUCAGUGCCACCUAUCAGUGCUGCCAAUCAGUGCCACCUAUCAGUGCCAGUCAAUGUCGCCUAUCAGUGCUAGCCAGUGCCACCUAACAGUGCCAGUCAGUGCCACCUAUCAGUGCCAGUCAGUGCCACCUAUCAGUGCCAGUCAGUGCCGCCUAUCAGUGCCGCCUAUCAGUGCUGCCUUUCAGUGCCCAUCAGUGAUGCCUGUCAAUGCCCAUCAGUGCCACCUACCAGUGCCUCCUCAUCAGUGCCCAUCAGUUCCACCUAUCAGUGUCCAUCAGUGAAGCUUAUCAG